AUGUUCUACUCUCACCAGCUACUCGCUCGCAAAGCUCCGCUCGGUCAAAUCUGGAGGGCAGCAACAAUGCACCAGAAAAUCAAUAGAAAGAAUCUCAACAAGCUGAACAUCAUCAACAUCUGUGAUGAAAUAUUGAAUCCAAAAGUACCAAUGGCUCUUAGACUAACUGGAAUCCUCAUGGGUGGAGUCUGUAUUGUAUACGAGCGAAAAGUUAAACUUCUCUAUGAGGAUGUGACCCGUCUUCUCGUGGAGUUAAAUGAAGCUUGGAAGGUGAAACCUACUCGAGAUCCUACGGUUCUUCCUAAGGGCAAGACUCAGGCCAAAUAUGAAGCUGUUACACUCCCUGAUGACCAAAUCUCAGACUUAGGAGAGGAUCAACAUUUUCAAUUUUCUAACUCAGACACAGUAAUUGGGAUACACAUAAGUGCUUAUACUGAAAUGAAUUUAGACAACAUAGAUGAGUCGUACAUCAGCCACAACCAGGGCGAAGCUGAACUGCCUCGUGAUUAUUAUCAAGUUGAUAAUGAUAAUAUCACGAUACCUGAUCGCUUUGAUUCACACCAGGCUGAUGCAGGUCGUUUCAAUAAGUUUGAGAGGUUUGACACUGAAGGUGACUAUAUCGAACAAAAUGAAGGGACACAUACUGACCUGCCAGCACCUCUCCCCUCAACACCUCCACAAGACGGUCCUCAAAACCCUGAUGAGAUACGCAAAAAAUAUCCAGAGGAUUAUGUCAAUCAUCAAUCAGAUGAGCACAAGGCCCAAGAUAGUCCACAGAUUAAAAGACCACCUAGAAAAAGAGCAAGGCGGGCCCCAAUUCCAGUCAUGGAUUGUGAACAGACAAUAAUUCCCGGUUCGGAAUAUCAAUCAUGGCUUCAGGAUACUUCUGAUAUUUUAAGAAGCGGCAGAGGAAGAAAGCGAAAACACUCAGGCAGCAUGCACUCCACAACGAUAGCCAGGCUCAUGGAUCUACCGCCAGUUACUCUAGUUUGUGGCUUGAUUAUGAAUGGGAAAACCGAUGUCUAUUAUCCUACUCCUCUUUUGAAACAAUGGAUGAAAUGUAAACCUGUUAUUGAUUCCCCUUCAGCAGAUACACCGCCACCACAUCCAGCAGCAUCGUCAUCAUCACCUUCACCAGAAGCAAAUAAUUAUCAUAACCCAACUUCAUUUCCUUUUGAAGAUCAUCAUAGUGGAGUUGGUUGUGGAUCACUGGAGGCUUCCAUAGAGACAUUGUUGCCACAUAUCAAUAAAACUGAGAUACGUGCUGAAAUACCUGUAAAAGAGUUUGGAACAGCAGCUAAAACUGACGUGGCAGUUACACCUGCAAACUCAAUAACAGGUGAUGGUGUUAAAUCGAUAAGCUCAGAAGUGCAUGUCAGUUAUGGAAGGCCCAAAAACAUGAAGAGAAAUAUCUUGUCAUCUAGACAAAGUGGAAGCAGCCUCAAACCAGUGGUAGAGGAGUACUCAUUUGAUCAACCUAUUGAAAGUCCAAAGUUACCUGAAGAAAACGAGAUGGAACCAGAGAAUGAUCUAUUUGUGGAAACGGGUCCAACUCAAACCCAAAAAGUCCCAAUGCCUGAUCAACAAAAGGAGCAGUUAACUGACUCUAUCCGCCUGCAACUAAAGACACAUUUUGACACACCUGGAGGAUCUGGUCACACCUUACUUAGCCAGCUUGCAAUGGGAUUGGACAGGAAAGGGGCUGCUUGUUUAUUUUAUCAGACUUGUGUUUUGGCGUCUCGUGACUUCAUAAAGGUGUAUCAGAAGCAACCUUAUCAGGACAUUCUAAUUUCAAGAGGUAUCAAGAUGUAA